AUGGAUCCUCCCCCACCGUACACACCGCUUCUUGGAGACGCUGAAGCUAGCCCUGACCCACAGCAUCUACAACACCCGCCGCCACCCCCUCCCGCAUCUCUCCGCCCAAUACCCCCACAGUUGCCACCUAGGCCGCCGUCAAAUCAGUUGUCAGCAUGGGCACAGGACAGUAAGACUGGUCAUGGUCGGUCGGCGUCACAGGCAUCGCUUGUGCCAGUCAGUGAUGGAAGCGAUGGAAGCAAACGGAAGCUACUGGUGAUUUACAUCCAUGGCUUCAUGGGGAAUGAGACAAGCUUCCAGAGCUUUCCUGCGCAUUUACAUAAUCUUCUUUGUGUAACACUGGAUCCGUUGGGGUAUCUGGUGCAUACGAAAGUUUACCCAAAGUUCAAGACACGAUAUAAUAUUCUUGUUGCUACCGAAAACUUCUCUCAAUGGCUAUCGAAAUUCGAGAAUGAAAACACAGAUGUGAUUCUAUUGGGACACUCAAUGGGAGGUCUUCUUGCUGCCGAUGUUGCCUUACUUCGAGAUUACACUGGAAAGAAGCGGCAUCGAAUUCUAGGAAUCAUUGCUUUCGACACCCCGUUCCUCGGUAUGCACCCGGGUGUCAUCUCAGCUGGCCUCGGUAGCAUUUUCCGUCCUGCCCCCAGUAGUCCGGGAGAGGAUGCACAUGGGGUAUAUGCCAAUGGCGCAGAAGGCUCGAGCCAGAGUAAUAUGUCUCUUCACACCAUGAACUCUGGUGGCUCCCAGGUAGACGAGUUUUACUCCAAACCGCCAGCGAGAAAUUACACCGUUGUUGUACCAAAAAAAGAGGGAACUUGGGAUUCUACGCUUCAUUUUAUAAACAAAUACCACUCGCGCCUUACACAAGCGACAGGUCAAUAUCUCAUGUCUCAUCUUGAGUUUGGUGGGUGUCUCGCAGACAUCAUAGGACUCAAGAAUCGAUAUAGUGCCAUUCGCGCUCUCGAGGAUGGUGUUAUAUGUGUCAACGGCAAUACUGAGCGCAUGAGAUUUGUUAACUAUUAUACCUCUUCAACAGGGAGAAUCAAAGGAACCGCUGAGAGAGUAGUUUCGCCUGAUUCUGGACGAGUGAGGGCUUUUGAUGGCGAACAUGGCGUUCCGGGAGUGGAGCUGGAUCACGAUCUCAUUGGGCACGAAAGAUCAAGUCAAUACGUCGAGGUUGGUGUUGUGGAAGUGGGUGAGCCUAGUAGCAGCUCUAUGAAACAUCAAAGAAAUGCCAGUGUGAGCUCUUAUAAUACAGCAAGUUCAAUGGACGACAUGAAGCAUAUUACUGCUGACCCAAUAACGGAUGAUGAGUUUGGAGGUGAACCGGUUGCACUUCAUAUUGUGGAUGCAGAUGAGUUCUCGGUUGUAGAUGGGAGAUCACCAACUGAGCUGUCCGUCCACGAGAGUGUUCAAUAUUCAAAAGAUGACAAAGAAUGCUACAGCGGGAACGGGAAGUAUAAUGAGAAAUCCGGAUACCAUGAUAAUGGGGAGUCCUCGUCCAUGUAUCCACUCAACGAUAUAUCCCGCCAGAUCACCACAGACACCAUGGAAACACUGGAAAAUCAAUUAUCCAUAGAUCUCGCUCUCUCAGACUUUCAAUUGCCGCCUAUACCGCCACCACCAGAGGAGCCACCCUCAUUCGAUUAUUCUCAAAUACCCGAUGCAAUGGUCCGUAAAGUGGCUGAAAAAGAAGCAGCAAGGGUACGGAAAGCUUGGGAGAAGGCAGUAAAAGACUAUGAGAAAGCUAUUAACAACCGUGAAAAAGAGUUAGAAAAGCUGAAAAAGAAUAAGGGUAAAGGGGUUGAUCGUUGUACCAAAGAAGAAGAUAAAAGAAAGGAGCGUCAGCUGAAGGAUAAGGCAAAGGAGAUUGAACGUCAAGAGCGUGAGCGGAGAAGAGAACUCAAAGAAUGGGAUAAGGAGAAGGACCGAGAAGAGAAAGAAAUCCAAAAGAAGUUAAAGGAAGAGGAUAAAGAAAGAGAAGUCAAGGACAGUGAUAGAUUGAAGUUAAUGCGGGGAUGGGAGCGGGAGAAGGAAAGGGAAGAGAGAGAGAUCCAAAGGGAGUUGGAAAAGAAGGAACGUGAGAUUGUGAGGGAACUAGAAAGAAUGGAGAAAGAGGUACAAUUGGGAAGGAGGGGGAAGCAAGGUGAAAUUGAGAACGCGAGGGAGAAGCAAGAGAUCAUGGUGGAAAGCGAAAAAGAUGAAAAGGAGGAACUUAAAUUAACGUCACAAGGAAUCGAAGAAUACACACAUGAAAAGCAAGAACUUGAACGUCUUCGCAAGGAACAAGAACGUAUGGAUGCCGAGUAUCGACGUAUGAACGGCAUUCCCGAGCCUCCAGUACAGCCACUUUCGCCGAGGUCCGCGCCUCCAUCGACAGCCACAAUAUCAGCUUCUUCUUCACGUUCGAAUCUACCGAUCUCGUCCCCGGCUUUACGUCCCGAAACGCCCAAGAGUAAUUCUACAUCCCCAAAGCCUAAGGGAAAGGAUAAGAAGAAGAGGGAUCGCAGAUUCUGCUGUUUGCCUAGCGAUAAGAAUGACAAGUGUUGGGUAAAAGUAGAGAUGGUGGGUGUCGAUGAGGUGGGAGCCCAUUGCGGCUUGUUCUUUGUUGGGGAAGCUUAUGAAAGACUGGUUGGGGAUGUUGCAGCGAGGAUGGAAGAAUGGGUAGGGGAGGAGAGAACUAGGAGUAUUCUGGAGAGUCUGUAG